CAACCUUUUUACUUGUGUAAUUCAUCCAAUGACUCUCGCUUCUUUGAAUACUGCAUCCUACAUCUGACAUGCACAGCAUUUUCACAUCGGCAUUGCUUUUUCACGGCCUUUUCAUUCAUUCUUCGGGAGAGAGGAAGCACCACACCUACACCUAAUUUCACCAUGGGAUCCCAACAUGGCAUCUCGAAAGCGUUAUUCUGGUUAUCUGACGAGACAGGCGUCAAGACAAUGUUAACGGCAGGCAAGGACGUUUACAUUAUCAUCCUCGCCCGCUUCCUGCGACUCUUUGGCUACAGCGCCGUCGCGCUCAUUCUCGCCCUCUACUUUGAAGAGCUGGGAUUUUCAGACACGUCGAUAGGCCUCUUUAUGACGCUCACUCUCUUCGGCGAUGUUCUCAUCAGCCUGCUAUUAACGCUUGUCGCGGAUGCGCUCGGACGACGUGUCACCAUGUUCAUGGGCGCGAUUGCCAUGGCGGUAUCUGGCUCCGUGUUCGCCCUAACGAGCCAUUAUGCUGCGCUGCUUGCUGCGGCGAUUCUAGGCGUUAUCAGCCCAACAGGGAAUGAGAUCGGUCCGUUUAAGGCCGUCGAAGAAUCGACGCUGGCGCAUUUGGUUCCUGCAGAGAAGCGGGCCGAUGUUUUCACUUGGUAUGUAGUCAUGGCUGUGUUGGGGACUUCGAGUGGGUUGGUGGCGGGUGGUCAGGUUGUGGAUAGACUAUUGGAGUUGGAGGGUUGGACCACAGCCGAUGCUUAUCGAGCCAUUUUCUGGGUGUACACGGGAAUUGGUUGUGGCAAAGCUCUUUUAACUUUGUGCUUGAGUCACAAGUGUGAGCGGCAAGAUGAAGAGCCAAAUGUCGACGAAACGGAACCUUUGUUGGGUGGGCACGAAGAGUCGGACUCGCUCUUGAACGGAGCCGAUCAAGAGACUACUUCCACGGAUACAACUCGGACGAUUCAAAAAAGUCCAAAAAUGCGAUCCCGAAAUCCUCUCAGCACCAUAUCGAAGCCUACAUGGUGGAUUCUGAUAAAGCUAUGCAGUCUCUUCUUCCUCGACUCGCUUGGUAGUGGAAUGGUGCCCUUCUCUCUAAUCAACUUCUAUCUAGAGCGCAAGUUUCAGCUCGAGAAGGGGAAACUCGGUGGCAUCAUGUCGGCUACCUGGACCAUAUCUACGGUAGGCAACGUCUUUGCAUCUUCGGUAGCCAAACGGCUCGGUCUCAUUCCAGCAAUGGUAGUCACACACCUCCCCAGUUCCAUCUUCCUCGCUCUGUUGCCUGCUCCUGCUGGCUUGCCUUGGACCAUAUGCCUCCUGGUUGCGCGAGCCGUCCUGAACAGUAUGGAUCAGGCGCCACGAUCAGCGUUCAUCUCUAUGGUGGUCAAGCCAGAAGAGUUAACAGCGGUCAUGGGCGUGAUCAACAUUCUCAAGAUACUGAGUCAGAGCGGCGGGCCUUGGAUCACCGGACUGCUGGCCGACCGAAAACUCUUUUGGGUAGCUUUCGUGGUCGCAGGCUCUCUCAAGGGCGCAUACGAUCUUCUUCUGCUGCUCCUAUUCGCUGGCCGAGUACGCAAACCCGAGGCUGAGAGGCACGAGGACGAGAGCGCUACUACAGCGACGAUUCCCCAUGCGGAAGGAGUCGAGCACGUGGAACGUGAAGAUGAAGAAGAAGGGGGAAGGCCCGACGAUGAAACAAGCCGAAGACACGAAUCGGAUGAACGGGGCGUGCUCCCCUCGAAGAUCCUUGCUGCGCGCUCGGCAAGUCCAAACUCUUAUGGUAACAGUCGAGCGGUGGCAAAAUCCCUUUCGAACUCAGGGUCCAGCUCGGAGCAUUGA